AUGCUGUCUGCCCUGACCCAUCCACAACGGCUUGGUGGCACUAUAGUCUUCAGCGGAAUUUGCUUCUUCCCUGAUCUUGUCAUGAAGCUGGCCCAAUAUCCUGAGAACCAAGGCAUGCAGGUAUUUUGGGGGCAUGGAACCCGCGACGAAGUUCUUCAUCCAGAUCUGCAGGAUGAAGGUGUGGAGAUCCUGCAGCAAGCAGGGCUCAAAGUGACAAGUAAGAAAUACAUGGUGGAGCACGGCCCUACAGCGCAAGAAAUCAAGGAUGCGGCCGGCUUCUUUGCAAUGCAGCCGUUGGUGUACUUGGCCGUGCGUGGCUGGCUUGGCUGGAUUCAAUUUGUGGAGCGAUCAAGACGGGCAUUUUUAAAUAGUUCUCUGGUGCUAGUUGCGGCCGGCGCCGUGCAUUGCUGGGCUGUGGUAUAUUCACUCUUUGUAGCUGUGCACACGCGAGCGAUGCGCUUCAGUGGAUACCACCAGGGCAACAGCGAACAAUUGCCUCAGUCAGUAGCAUUGACAGAAACGUUGGCAGUUAGCUCCCUGUGGGUAUGGCUGAUAGCGGGGUUCACUACCGCUGCCGUGCGGAUGCUUGAUGAAGAUGCAGAUGGAUUGCCUUUAGGAAGUGAGGAUCUGAAAUGGGGGCCGAUUUUGCGUUUCAUCCGGUCGCCGUUCCUUCACAGUGCUCUUGGGCAUGCUCAUUCAGUUAGUUGUGUUGGAUUGUUUGUCAGCAUCAUCCUUCUUUGCGCAACGAUGGCGACAAUGAAGGGAGGCAUUACCGUCUGUGAAUCAUGCCUGGCUAUCGUGGCAAUUGGCUUCGCAUUCCCGCAUAUGAUCUUGGCCGGUAGACGCUUAAGCGAUGCGGCAGAUCAAGCACUGUCUGAAGUUCUUCCAGAGGAUAGCUUCGAAGCAGCAGCAGCAGAAGCAGCUGCUAUUGGACCUCAGCUUUGUGUCAUAUUGUCCCUUGCGGAUGCGCCUGGCCAUGCCUAUUGGUGGCAGAACAUUGUGUACACCUUGGCAUCGAUGGCAUUCAUUGCUGCAGUGGUUGCAAGUGCCCGCUCUCCGGCAAAGAUUGCAAACAUUGCUCUGCCUCCAGAGAAGGGAGAGACAUUUGUGUGCCUGGGCAUGGAUGCAAUGACGGCGCUGUCAAUCAUCAUGUCCUAUCCCCACCUCAACACCUGGUUUCUGCGAAUCGGCGUGGUUGCAGUGAUCGGCUGCGCUGUAGCUGCUCAGUAUAGCCCAGUGCGGGAAAUCUAUUUGGAUUGGCUCGAGCCGAUCUUUGUCAUCCGCAGCGAUUCGCACAAGCGAGUGCCAAACCAGCAGAGGCAGCUGUUGAGAAUGAUCUCAUGGUCAGCAGCAAUUGUGUGCGCUGUGGUGGCACUGUGGGACAUUGCUUUGCAUCCGCUUGCGCUGGCAUCGACGGCCGUAGAGGCAACGCGGUAAACUAAUCUGCAAGAUGUCACAUUGCGAAGCGGGGCCAUUCCGCGGUGAAAUGACCUCGGAGAUUCUCCAGAACCAGCCAAGAC